CGGAGUCCCUAUAAAAUCCCACAAGAGUCCCUCAAGACAGCUCGGAAACGUCUUAAAUUAAAUAUUCAACUCUUUUCUGCAUUUUGAGAUCUCUUCGGACUCUAGAAAAUCUAUUCUCAAAAAGGUAUGGCUUAAAACCCCGCUAGCUAUGUCUCGAUUUACUUUUUGAAAAAUAAAUGUAAUUGAAUCAUUUAUACUUAGAAAAUAAAGAUAAAUAAAUAAAAAAUAAAUUUAUCUUUAUUUUAUAAAAGUAAAUGAUUCAGUUAUAUUUAUUUAUUUAUUUCUACCUUUAAUAUAAAUAAAUCAUUUGCUUUUAUAAAAUAAAGAUAAAUUUUUUUUUAUUUAUUUAUAUUUAUUUUUUAAGUAUAAAUGAUUCGUUUACUUUUAUCCAUUAUUAUAAAUGAACAAUAAAACUAAAUUAGCACCCCUAAUUAAACCGCAAACGUUCUCAUAUCUUUUAGAUGAUUUUAUUUGAAAACGGAUAUAUAAAGAUAUAUAUAUAUAUGUGUAACUUAUGUUUAUAAACAGAAAGAAUAUAGUUUAGCUUUAGAUUGUGUUAAAAUGUGUAACCGAUAAUAAAAAAUGAAAACUUGUUCUAUUCUGUCUGUAGAAAUGUAUCCAUUUUCUUUCAUUCAACAGCAAACGAGAGAAAGAAAAAGAAAACAGAAUGAUGUUGAUCUAUAUCUACGCGUAGACUUAUUUUCGACGGCUUCCCUUACGCCGUGGCAAUCGAGUCUAGCCGGAAACAUGACUAUCAGUAGCCUCCGUGUUACUCCAUGUCAUCUCGAUAAGAAAGACUUUAUUGAUUUUCUGCGCACUGACUCCUGGUACUCGAGACAAAUUGAAUUUUUCAACGCGUGCUUCGUGGGGAAAAGUCACCGUAUGUACUUACUAAUCGGCACAGACACCGUUAGACCAAAAACAUCGUUGUAUUUUAUCAUAGGGUGGAUUUUUUUAAUAUUUAUAGCUCGAAUUAAUAAAACCGUUGCUUGAUCCACCAAUACCAAAUGACCCACUAGGUGAACUGAAUCAUUUAAUGCAAAAUUAUGCUGCCGUUGCUGGCAGGGAGAAUAUUAAUCGACCAAAUUUUCGUUUUUUUGAUAUUGAAAAUGUUUCAAGCAAAACGUUAUCACCAAUUGAGGGUUAUCAAAACAUGGAUCUUGUUUCUUUAGAAUUAGCAGUCAAAUCAUUGGAACAUCUUAUCCCAGACCUACAAAAAAAAGUUCAUAUUACUAAACUAAAUAGUAAGAAUCCUUCGCAGGGGCUCACAGAAGAUGAAUCAGCAGCUAUUCGCCUUUACACCAUGCAAAUGAAUCCAGCAGAAAAAUCUAUCUAUUAUUUGCUUAAUGAAACGUUACGUUCAGAAGAUCGUCAAAAAUUGAUACCGUGGUUCAGCUACUUAAAACUCAUUCUAGUCGGCCUAUACAAAUUACCACCGGUAAAGCGUACAAUAUGGCGUGGCAUUAAAAUGGAUUUAAGUGAAAAAUUUCUGAAAAAAAGCACAUUUAUCUGGUGGGGUUUCAGUUCUUGCACAGAGUCUCUUGAAGUUUUGGAAUCCGAGCAAUUCCUUGGAAAGCAGGGAACACGUACGUUGUUUAAUAUCGAGUGUGAGAAUGGAAGAAUGAUUACGCAACAUUCAUAUUUUAAAAAGGAAAAUGAAAUACUUCUAUUACCAGCAACGGUAUUUGAAGUUAUCGGUAAAACGGAUGUCGGUAAUUCUCUGCAUAUUGUUCAAGUAAAAGAAACAAAACCACUUUGUUCAUUACUACAAGAUCCAAAUUCACCAGCACAACAAGGAUCGCAUGGUAAUGAUUCAAAGGUAUGA